CAUCUUUCCCCUCCCUCUACUAUAUUUUGCCUUUUUUGCAAGGUGUAUAUAAUGUAAAGUCGCAGAAAUAGUGCGAAACCUAUAUUGUUUUGAUUUAGUGCAAUAUCAAGACGGUGAGAAAUGGUCACGCAUUUAACACAUUAGUUGUGUAUGCGCUUUACCCAUAGCGUGUUUAAUGUUUGUCAUAUAGCCAUUAUUCAUUUCCGUUUGUAGUUAAUAUUAUAAUGACUUUUCCAUACUCAGCGCUAUAAAGAAAACACAGACGAUUCAAAAUGUACAGUUUAAACGCAGCCGUUAGGUACAACCGAACUCCCUGUUUAAAACUGUUAUGCAGCUAUAAUGUUUUACAUAAGGUAAAAAGCGAUUAGCCGUUAUGGAUUAUAUUCGCUGUAUCUUGUUGCUUACAUUAUAUAACCUGUGUUAUGGCCACGUAAGACUAACGUACCCACCGGCAAGGCAAUAUGAAUUGGAUUUUCUGGACAACGCAAGAACAAGAGGCCCAUGCGGGUUCCCACCCAAUCCUAACGAAAGACGAACUACGUUUGUGGAAGGCUCGGAAAUAAACGUGACGUGGCACUUAGCGUAUUCACAUCGGGGCGGUAUACAAGUACAAGUCAUACGAGAUAGACCAGGGUUAAGAUUUCGAGUCCUGGCAGACCUUACAGGAAGAAGAUUCGCUUUUAACAACGAUUCAACACUUCAAUCUGUGACCGUCUCGCUUCCACGCGGACUUGUGUGCGACUCCUGCACGCUUAGAUUACUAAGACAAGCCUCUGAAUGGAGUUCUAGUUACAUGUUUUGGAGUUGUUCGGAUAUUACUAUUAUACCAAGGCAACCAAAUCUUUGCUUUGAUGGGAAAUGUUUAAACCAAGGAUGGUGCAACACGACAUCUGGGAACUGCAACUGCCCACGCCUAUACACGGGCAAUAGAUGCCAAUACAAAGACGAAUGCUGGUCGGACCGCGACUGCAGCAACAACGGGCAAUGUAUCGACACAAGAAGCACAACAUACCCUAAGCUCGUGUGCUACUGUAACCCAGGAUGGCUGGGAACACAAUGCAAUAAAGAAUCACAGCUCCCAGAAGUGCCAGAACUUUCCAAUAACAACGGGUAUACCAUGUUCAAUUUAAGUCCAGGGAACGUUAGACUGUAUUUGAAAUAUCUACAAGAUUCGGCUGAAGUAGAAAUAGCCGUCGAGGCAAGAACACACAGCUGGGUUGGAAUUGGUUGGAGACCUCUUAACCAAGUAGGCUGUCGUUUAAUACCAGCGCUGAGGAACGACCAAGCUCGGUUUGAAGAAAUUGUAACUGUGAGGAAAUCUACUGCUAGUGCGCACAUAGACCCUGAAAAACAGAUUGAAGACGCGUUGGUAUCCACGAUGUCAACAAACUGUGGUACUGGUUUAGUAGAACGACCAUCUGGCGAACCAGAUCCAACAAGUGAACCAGAACCAUCUGGCGAACCAGAACCAACAAGCGAACCAGAACCAACAAGUGAACCAGAACCAACGAGUGAACCAAAACCAUCUGUAGAACCAGAGCCAUAUGGUGAACCAGAACCAUCUAGUGAACCAGAACCAUCUGGCGAAUCAGAACCAACAAGUGAACCAGAACCACCUGUAGAACCAGAACCAACAAGUGAACAGGAACCACAUGUAGAACCAGAACCAUCUAGUGAACCGGAACCAUCUAGUGAACCGGAACCAUCUAGUGAACCAGAACCACCUGGUGAACCAGAACCAUCAGUAGAACCAGAACCAUCUGGUGGACCAGAACCAUCUGGUGAACCAGAACCAUCAGUAGAACCAGAACCAUUUGGUGAACCAGAACCAUCUGGUGAACCAGAACCAUCUGUUGAACCAGAACCAUCAGUAGAACCAGAACCAUUUGGUGAACCAGAACCAUCUGGUGAACCAGAACCAUCUGUUGAACCAGAACCAUCUGAUGAACGACCAGAUGGAGAACCAGAACCAUCAGUAGAACCAUCUGGUGAACCAGAACCAACAAGUGAACCAGAACCAUCUGGUGAACCAGAACCAUCUGGUGAACCAGAACCAUCUGUUGAACCAGAACCAUCUGGUGGACCAGAACCAUCUGUUGAACCAGAACCAUCUGGUGGACCAGAACCAUCUGGUGAACCAGAACCAUCUAGUGAACCGGAACCAUCUGGUGAACCAGAACCAUCCGGGUUUGGUGGAAGUUCUCAAACACUAAGAUUACACCCAAUGGAUUGUACAGACAUCAUUAUAGGGUCUGUUAAAGGAAACUUACUGAGAGUUGAGGACUCUUAUACAAGAGAUAGAUCUACACCAAGAAGGGAUAAGGUUUAUGGUGGGCGUGAUGAUAUUAUAGCUGCUGCUGGAUCACAAGUGGAUGGAUGGACAACUGUCAUUGUGAGGAAGAAAGCUGUGGCCACUCAUUUUACCGAUCACUCUAUUCUGUUUGAGCCGAUGCAUUUUAUUUGGGCCAAAGGCCAGGAGGUCGGCCAAUAUGUCCACACACCCGCAUCAGGGAUUGAAGCUUGCACAGCUACAGAUUACAGGUUCUACCGCCAUGAUGAACUUAAAUACCAUGGCACAUCCAUCACACAGCGAGGUUUUGCAACAAUUAAUCUCAAUAGUUUAAACCAACCUCUGGCCACAGCACCUACAACUACACCACCAGUACAAUGUUCAACUAAAUCUGGUGUGUUAAAAAUGCCAUUGAACUGCCACUGUGGGAAAGCUUUCAAUUGUUUGUAUCAUAUAUCUUGGUCACUUACGAAUGAUGUCAUCACAUUUACAUUAAAGUCUAGGACACAAGGAUGGCUUGGGAUUGGCAUCAGUGAUGACCGUUUCAUGCCAAACACUGAUGUAUAUGUUGGCUGGAUUGAUGCAAAUGGAAACACUGUAGUACAAGACAGAUGGGCAAAUGGAAGAUUUGAGCCAGCCAUCGAUGAAGAACAAAAUAUUGUUAAUGUCAGUGGAAAUUACUCCAACGGAGUUACCACAAUACAGUUCUCACGAUUGCGCGAUACUUUGGAUGUUGGCAGCGACUUAUCCUUUACUGACACCGAGUGUCGACACAUUUUAUUCGCAUCAGGAACAGUUCUGGGAGAUCAGAUAAUGUAUCAUCAAUUUAGAUACCAAGUAACUACGUCUAAGCUCUGUAUACGUGAGUGCAUGUCUACAACUACAACAACUCAAACGACUACAAUGGAAACAACCACAGCAGGCACAACCACAAGAACAGAAACAAACAUUGGAACUGAGCCUGUAAUACACAGACAUGGUUUGGUGGGAAACAGCACAACACGUAUGGUCACAUUCACAGGGGGAUUUAGAGUUAUCAAUUACUCAUAUGAACCAACAUACAUGGUCCCUGGAUCAUCGCAGCAUACAAGACUGAAAGAACAAUUUGAACAUGAUAUCAAUGCAACAUAUUAUGCAACAAGGCUUGUCAAAGAAAGAUUUCUCAAAGUUUUGAACAUUACUGUCAUGAAAUUAACAAGGGGUGUAAGAAAUAAGUUGUUCGUAGAGUACACGGCUCAAACUGUCAUAUCUUCAAGGUUUAAAAGUCUUGGUCAACUGCAGACAGAGUUGGUUUAUACAUUCAAAGAAGCAGUGUUGGUCAACAGAGGUUUGUUUGGUGGAAAUGGCCACCAAUUAGAUCCACAAUCAAUAAAAGCAAUAGUGUUCAGAACCUGGGAGGAGCUAAGAGACUACCCAGACCUAGCAUCACUAGAUGUCUCCCUACUUAGCGAUGAUUCAUCUAUGACAUCACAAAGCAUUGACAUCGCAAUUGGCGCAGGAUUGGGAGGGGGGUUGGUGUGGUUUGUUGCUUACCUGUUGUACAGAAAGUUUAUGUGAAGUUAAAACAUUUUUUCACUGCAACAUUAUUAUUCACUAACAUUUUUCUUGUUCUGUCAUACAAACAUUUUUUUAUCCAAGUAAGGAAAUGGACAUUAUUUAUGAUGGGAAGAAUAAAUAUGAAAUCAUGAACAAAACAUGGCUAACUCUUUCUAGAGAGACAUACUAUAAUAUAAAAGUGAGCAUGAGGUUUAUGACUACGCCAUGUGUGUCUGGUGUAUAAGAAGACACCAACAUUAUAACUUGACAGUGACCAUCGCAUUAGUAACUGUUCAAUCUUUCAAUUCUACUGUGGCGUUUUUAUCUCAACCCAUCCAUAUUUGACAUAUUUUAACAACUCUUUACAUGUAAGUGAGGGAAUUGUAAUAAGUGAUCGUGAAGAAACCAAUUACCAACAAAAAAGUAAAAUUACCGCACAUAAAAGUUUCUAAAAACUGAAAACCACAAAAUUGUGCAAAACUCCCUUAGAUAACACCCCGUGUAUGAAUAUAACUACAAUGCCCACCAGGAAUUGGUUGCACACAAGUAAACAAAUAUAAGGAACAGAAAGACAAUGUUAUCUGGUUUUAACACACCUUCAAGGGGUAUUUAGGUUGUGUAAAACAACAUAUGAAAGGUUUAAGCACAUAUCCUAGGUCACACAGAUUUUUUAGCAAAAUUGCCUAUUUUAACAUAAGCUGUUUUAUAAAUUUCAUAUAGUUAAACUAAAAAAUAUAAUAAAAUAGCAGUUUUUGGUAAUUUAAAAUAAUUAAAGGAAGUAAACUCUGAAGUGAUGUGCGUUGUUGUGAAAGUGCUAAAUUAUAUUUAUUCAACAAAAACAUAUAUUUUCACAAAUUUGUGAAUUUUCACAUAUAUUCAAAAAUUAUAGCAGAAACAUAAAGGUAUAAAUAAAGUCUCUUUAUCUUAAAUCUGCCAAGACUUGUGCAUCCAAGAAUGCAUAGCAAACCAUAAAUCGACUUUUUAAAGAACUUAUAAUAAAUUAUUUUUGAAUUACGAAU